CUUCGUAAUUCAGGUUAGAUAUUAUUGUAUACCUCUCUUUUGCUCUCAGCCGCACAUCUGAAUCUUACUCAACUAUACGAUGCUUCUCAUCAAUUGCCUUAGCCUUGUAAGACAAGCUCAGGAAUAGCUACGCAGCUGGGUCUAUAAAAAGCAGGGAUGUAAUGGAGAGAAAUGUGCAGAGAGUGAAAUUAAGCUGUGCGAAGAUCUAGUGAAAAAAAAAAAAAACUGUGCUUUGUUCAUAGCGGAGAUCUUGUGGUGAUCUUGGUUUCACUGGGUUUCUAAAAAGGAUUUGAAAAAGGUGAUUGGUAGACGAUUAUACCCUCAAUCCAUGUUUACUUUCAGGGAGAUGCUUACAACAUUGGCACCAUUUUUCACAACUGCUGUUGUGAUUCUACUAAGUCCCUUUGUAAAAGAACACAUACCUGUUGAAGUCAGCAAUUACCUGGUCUCAACCUUUAAAAAGUGGCUCGCUAGAAUCUCUACGCCUCAAGUCACUAUCGUCAUUGAAGAGAGAGUUGAUCACCGUAGCAACCGAAUCUAUGAAGCUGCCACAGCCAAACUACGUACCCUGAUUUGUGAUUCAACAAAACCAGAACGUUUCAAGGUAAGCAAAACAGUUAGGCAAAAGGAAUCAAUCUUUGAUAUCGUAAAGGAUUUACAGAUUAUUGAUUACUUUGGAAAAAUUAGACUCAAAUGGAUGUUAUGUGUUGAAAGAGACGAAAUAAGCGGUAGUAAUUCAAAGAAAUUACAUCUUUCCUUUGAUAGGGGAUCUGAAAAGGAAGUGCUAGAUUCUUAUUUAAGAAAUAUAGUAGAUCAUUAUGAGAGAAAUCAAUACGAAGAAACGGGUUCAAAGCUUUAUACCCGUAAUAGGGUCCAUGGUAAUUAUGGCCCUUUUCAUGGUUCUGCCUAUUAUGAUGAAGGUGAUAAAGAAUGGCGUUAUGUUAGUCUUGAACAUCCAGCUACGUUUGAGAAGUUGGCAAUGAACCCAGAGCAGAAGAAGAUACUCAAGGAUGAUUUGGACAUAUUUCUUGGAAGGAAGGACUAUUAUAAGAAAGUUGGCAAGGCAUGGAAGCGAGGGUAUUUGCUUUAUGGCCCUCCGGGUACCGGUAAAACAAGCUUGAUUGCUGCCAUGGCUAAUUACCUCCACUUUAAUAUCUAUGAUUUGAACCUUUCCGUACGCUAUUCAGAUGACGACUUGAGAGGUAUAUUGCUCUCAACAACUAAUCGCUCAAUACUGGUAAUCGAGGAUAUAGAUCGCGGUAUAAAGUUCAAUGAUGAAAGGAGAAAGAAAAUUGACACGUUCACACUAUCGGGUUUAUUGAACAUGAUAGAUGGAUUAUGGUCAAGUUGUGGAGAUGAGCGAAUUAUUGUGUUCACCACCAAUGAUAAGGACCGACUUGAUCCUGCUUUGUUGCGCCCAGGCCGCAUGGAUCUGCACGUGCACAUGUCAUAUUGCACCAUGGAUGGGUUCAAGCUUUUGGCUUCUAAUUAUCUUAAUAUCGAAGGUGACCACCAACUCUAUGGAGAGAUUGAAGGAUUGUUGAACAAUGUAGAGGUUACCCCAGCUGAAAUUGCAGAGGAACUUUUAAAGAGUGGUGGUACUGAUGUUGUUCUCGGAGGACUUGUCAAAUUUCUCGAGCAAAAAAUACUUAAGAAAGCCAAGGCUGCCGAGUUGAAGGAACUUUUGAAGAGUGAUCAUGAUACAGAUGUUGAUGUCGAAGGAUUUGUGAAAUUUCUCAAGGAGGAAAAACUUCAGAAUGCAAAGGCUGAAGAGGCAGAGCAACUUUUGAAGAGCGAUCAUACUGAUGUUGAUGUUGAUGUUGAUGUUGAAGGACUUGUUAAACUUUUCAAGCAAAAAAAACUUGCGGAUGCAAAGGCUGCGGAUGCAAAGGCUGCGGAUGCAAAGUCUGCAGGUGCAAAGUAUAUAAAUCCAUACGAACUGAUGGAGACAUGGAGUGAUGGGUAGUUUCAAAAGAGAUGGUUCGUGUUCUCAAGGAAUUAGUAAUGUUCCCAUGCCAUUCUAGCACUUGUCAAAUCCCAUUUAAGUUUUUCUCCCUGCUGGUGGUGAUCUUUAUUUGUUCCUCUCCUCAUUUCUGAGUUUUUGUUCUCUUUGUGAAAUAAUAUGUAUCGUAUCUGUGGUGGUCCGUUCCCUCUUCUCGGUCCACACAGUAUCAAUGUGCGGUUGUGCACUGCUGUGAAUCUGAUAAUGUACUAGUGCAAAUUGUGUGACCAUGUGUGUGAGAUGUUGGUGAUUUAGAAAAGAAUUACAUGUUUGUUGAA